AUGUUGCACGAUUUGAGUCUCAGCGACUAUCUCUUGCUUCCCAUCUACAUUGUGCUGGCGCUGGUCGUCGCAGUUGCCGCUGUGUUAAAUGUCAGGCUGGUAUGGUACAAUUUCCGCGUGAGUAGACGACAUGGCGGGUUCCACGCUCCGACACUACCAUCAGGCCCUAUCCUGCCCAUUAAAGAUCUGAAGUUUCUUCUGUCCGCUGGCGAUGCCCACAGAAACAACCGACUUGUCCAAUUCUUCAUUGGCCUGUUUAAACAGUAUGGCAGCCCUACGUGUCCCAAUUGCAUCGAGUGCAACUUCACCGGUGGACCUCGCUAUCUUCUGACGCAGGAGCCCGACCAUAUCAAGGCUGUGCUGACCGGCAAUUUCGCCGACUUUGGCAAGGGCAAGGUCUUUCACGAUCUAUGGAGCCCAUUUCUUGGAGAUAGCAUCUUCACCACUGACGGCAAAUCGUGGAGUAAUAGCCGGCAAUUAAUCCGGCCCAUGUUUAUUAAAGAUCGCAUCUCGGACCUGGAUAUCUUUGAGCGCCGAACACAGGUGAUGAUGGGUUUAUUUGCUCAGCCGGGACAGACAUUCGAUAUCAUGGAUCUAUUCUAUCGUAUGACUUUGGAUGUGACUACUGAAUUCCUACUUGGGCACGGCAUCCAGUCUCUCGAAAAUCCAAAGGCGGAGUUUGUCAAGGCGUUCACGGAUGUGCAACGCACACAGAUGACCCUGACUGUUUUACAACCAAUCCACCAUUUGAUCCCCAAAGGUGAAUAUCAUCGCGGGAUCAAGACUAUCAACAACUUUGUCGUUCCAUUUGUUCAAGAGGCGUUGAAUCUCUCGCCCGAAGAGCUUGAAAAGCGGUCUCGCUCUGAAAAGGCAUUCACGUUCCUGCACUCUUUGGCCAACUUUACUCGCGACCCCAAGAAGCUGCGAGAAGAAAUUCUGGCAACCGUUGGCCCAACUCGGGCGCCUACCUACGAUGACCUCAAGAACAUGACCUACCUCAAACAUGCAAUCAACGAGACUUUGCGCCUUUAUCCCGCCGUGCCAUUCAACAUCCGUUUUGCCCUUUCCGAUACAACGCUACCCUCUGGUGGCGGGCCCAACGGCGACUUGCCUCUCCCAAUUCUCAAGGGUGAUGGUGUCAUCUAUUCGACGCUUACCAUGCAGCGCCGUGCAGAUUUGUACCCGCCUGCGUCUGAGAAGUUUGCAGACCCGGCAAUAUACUCACCUGAGAGGUGGGAGUCGUGGCAGCCCAAGGCGUGGCAAUACAUCCCCUUUAACGGCGGACCACGUAUCUGCAUUGGACAGAACUUUGCGCUCGCUGAGAUUGGGUACACUAUUGUGAGGAUCAUGCAGCGCUAUGACCGGGUUGAGUAUGUCGGUCAAUGGGAGGACCAAUUCCACAAGGCCGAGAUUGUCGGGACGCCUGGAAUGGGGGCAGAACGUCGCAUUUCUUCUUUUUCCACCCCAUCGUCGUCUCUGCUACAUGGCCUCGCCGCGAGUCCAGUUAUAUAUCCAGGCCACCAGGCCAGCUCGCUGUUCUUGAUAUCUUUCUUCUCCUUGAAGCCUACAUCCGCCAUGACGCCUCUCACGUCCCCGGCCGCCGCCCGAUCCCUAUGGCGAAUGUCAACCUCUCGCGUGCCUUGUCGCAAGCCCGCUACGACCACAACACAGCUCGCUUUUCGCAGAUUCGUCCAUCCAAACGAGUUCGGCGCCUUCGUGCCUCCAUCUCCGAGUUCCCUCGGCAAAGCAACCCCCGCAAAGACCUAUACGCGAACCCGGAAAUGGCUGCGUCGGCUGUUCUACGUCUCGCUCACAACCGGGGCUAUCUACCUGGUCGAUAAGCAAUUCUACGCCUCGGCGCUGAUUCGCACAACUCGCACGUUUAGUCUCGGACUGUUGGUUGCGCUGGAUUACAAAAUCAACUUCCGCCCGGAUCCGCCUAUGGCCUCGUCGAUUGCUGACGUUCAUCAGCGGAACGCAGAACGCUUGUCGAAUCUUUUGCGCCAUAAUGGUGGCUUGUACCUCAAGAUCGGUCAGGCGAUUGCUAUGCAAUCUGCCAUCUUGCCACCCGAGUUUCAGAAGAUGUUUUCUCGCAUGUUUGACGAUGCGCCACAGAACGAUUGGAAGGAUGUCGAAAAGGUGAUAAAAGAGGACUUUGGCAAGUCCGUUGAGGAUGUCUUUGGCGUCUCUUUUACCGGAGAUCCUACCAAGGGUGUCAUGGAGCGAAAGGCUAGAGCCAGUGCCAGUGUGGCACAAGUACAUUGGGCACGAUUAGCUGAUGGCCGAGAGGUGGCGAUCAAGAUCCAGAAGAGGGAGAUUGCGGCACAGGUCGAAUGGGAUCUGUGGGCAUUCAAGGUCGUCUCCUGGAUUUAUAGCCGGUGGUUCGAUAUUCCCUUCUACAAUUUGGUGCCGUUUGUGAGCGAGCGCCUGUUCCUAGAGACGGAUUUUGAAAACGAAGCGAUAAACGGUGAGAAGAUGGCAGAGUUUGUAUCAAAUGAGCCACGACUCCGUGACCGAGUAUAUAUUCCAAAAGUAUACCACGAACUUAGCUCCAAGCGCGUGAUGACGGCGGAAUGGAUUGAAGGUGUUCGCCUAUGGGACAAAAACGCCAUCACUCGGUCAUGGCGAGGCGGUUGGCACGAGGGGAGCCCUGGGUCCCAUGGCACCCCGCUGGAUCCUCCUGACCGAAAAUCCUUCAGCCGAGAAGAAAUGGCCCGGAGAAGUGUCGCAACGAUGUCUAUCAAGCCCGACCGGACUUACUGGAAGGGAUGGAAAGAACGUGGUGGACUCGGUCUAUCGUUGAAAGAUGUUAUGACUACAAUGGUGGACCUCUUUUCCGCUCAGAUGUUCCUGUGGGGAUGGGUUCAUUGUGAUCCUCACCCCGGAAACAUUUUCGUUCGACGACAGCCGAAUGGCAAACCGGAGAUUGUCCUCAUUGACCAUGGCCUUUACAUUCAGAUGGAUCCGGCAUUCCGACACCAGUAUGCUACUUUCUGGAAGGCUCUCUUGACAUUAGACAACAAGACCCUAAAGGAAGUUGUCUCCCACUGGGGCGUCGCCAACCCGGACAUUUUUGCAUCUGCCACACUGAUGCGCCCUUAUCGAGGCGGAGAUAUGUCAACCCAAAAGGGUAUCCAGAAGCUCACGCGCGAAGAGCGACAAGCCCGUCACUACGAGAUGCAGCAAGCCGUCCGCAAAGCUAUGCGCGAGAUCCUGGGCGACGAGACCAAGUGGCCGCGUGAACUUAUUUUCAUCGGCCGCAACCUGCGCAUCGUACAGGGGAAUAACCAGUUCCUCGGCUCACCUGUCAACAGAGUCAAAAUCACUGGAAUGUGGGCGUCCCGCGCCCUGGCCGAAGCACCUGAUAUGCCGGUAUCUCAGCGAAUCCGCAACUACGGCCGUCACGUUGUAUUCCGAUUAGUCCUAAUCUCGUCAGAUUUUAUCUUUUACUUCAGCAAGAUCCGGCAGUGGUUUGGAUUGGGUGGAGGCAUGGAAGACGAUAUUGAGAAACAGAUGAGAGUGGUAGCCAAGGAUAUGGGCGUGGAGUUGGAUCAGAACCAGAACUUGUUCGAGGGCUAA